CAUGGAGCAAGCAACAGCGACCUCGACCAAGUACGGUGGAGACCCAAAUCCGCUCGACACCACCGGCCUCUGCCUGCUGUCCCUCGAUGGCGGCGGCGUGCGCGGGCUCUCGACGCUCUACAUCUUGAAGAGCAUCAUGGACCGACUCAACUACGCGCUAAAGAAGGAUCGACUGGAGCGCGGGCUAGAGGAGCUCCCUCCAAUGAGACCAUGCGAAGUGUUCGACCUCAUCGGCGGUACCAAUACCGGCGGGCUGAUUGCGGUCAUGCUCGGACGUCUCGAAAUGGACGUCGAUGAAUGCAUCGAUGCAUACAGCGAGCUCGCCGCAGCCGUCUUCGGCGAGAAACUAACCCCCAUUCCAGUCAAAAUUGAGGGCGAAGUUAAGCCGCAAUUCGAUUCCGCGAGGCUGGAGACCGCGAUUCGAAAGGUGGUAACGCGAGGCGGUGCGCCCGAGACCGCCCUAUUCAACGAUGGGAUUGAGCGCGGGUGUAAAACCUUUGUGUGUACGGUCGAUCGCGAUACAUGUAACAUUAUCCGUCUUCGGAGUUACAGCCUACCUCACGAGUCAAACAUUCCAUCUACCAUCUGUCAAGCCGCUCUCGCGACGUCGGCCACUACUACAUUCUUCGAAUCAGUUAGUAUCGGACAUCGCUCAUUUACCGACGGCCAGCUAGGUGCAAACAAUCCGGUAGACCAAGUAGAAGGAGAGGCGGGGAACAUCUGGUGCCCGGAGACUGGAGAGUUAAAACCUCUUGUCAAAUGCUUUAUCUCUAUUGGGACAGGGAACCCGGGCAAUAAGGCAUUCGAAGAUAAGACAAUUGAUGUCCUUAGCCAGACCGUGGUGGAGAUCGCUAAGGAGACUGAGAAUACGGAGAGAAAAUUUAUAGACAGGUGGGCAGGAAAAUUUGAUGAAAAGCGGUAUUUCCGCUUUAAUGUUGAGCAAGGGCUACAAAGCAUCGGGCUUGAGGAAUACAACAUGAGAGGGCGGAUCGAGGCCCUUACAGAAGCCUAUAUCACCCACAAAGACCGGUAUUUUAGGAUGCGGGAUUGCGUUGGCAACUUGAGACUCAAGCAGAGUAUGGCAGCGACUAAUCUUUCAUAUCUAAUUAAUGAAUAUAAUGUGCGACGCACAAUAGCGCUUCACACUACACCACGAGCAGAAGCACCGUGGAUUAUGCCUUUUCAGAGAAACCCACAAUUUGUCGGGCGGGCUUCGGAACUUGCACAGAUCAAUGAUUUGCUUGCAAACGACAGUCGCUGCGAGCGCGUGGCCAUUGUUGGUCUCGGAGGAGUGGGGAAGACGCAGAUCGCGCUCGAGUCUGCCCAUCGGUGGCGGGAGGAGCACUCGCAUUGUGCAGUGUUCUGGAUACCGGUGACGAACGUCGAGAGCAUGCUGGAGGCAUAUGUGGAGAUUGGCCGGCAACUGAAGAUCCCGAAUGUCGAGCAGGAGAAGGCAGACGUGCAGAGGCUCGUGCAGCGCAGGUUGAGCGAAGAGAGCUCUGGGAGGUGGCUGAUCGUAUUCGAUAACGCCGACGACAUCGACCUGUGGACGGAGAAAGUAAGCAAGCCAGCUGACUUAGGCCGCCGACUCGACUCCCUGCCCAAGAGCAAGCACGGAUCGAUCCUGUUCACGACGCGGAGUCGAAAGGCGGCGACGAAGCUAGCCGGAAAGAAUGUGGUCUCGGUUAGCGAGAUGGACGAUGCCACGGCGAAGGGCCUGCUUGAGAAAUCUUUGAUCGACCAGGACCUGUUAGAGGACGAGCAAGCUACAGCGGAUUUGCUCCUGAAGCUCACGCGUCUCCCACUUGCCAUCGUCCAAGCAGCCGCAUAUAUCAACGAGAAUCAGAUUAGCCUCUCAGAGUAUGUCGCCCUUCUUGACGACACAGAGCAAAACCAAAUCGAGCUCCUAAGCGAGGAAUUUGAGGACGAAGGGCGAUACGAAGACAUCAAGAACCCGAUCGCAACGACAUGGCUCAUCUCCUUCGAGCAGAUCCGGACGCGCGAUCCGCUGGCGGCAGAGUACCUGUCGUUCAUGGCAUGCGUCGACGCGAAGGACAUCCCGCAGUCGCUGCUGCCGCCAGCGCAGUCGGCCAAGAAGGCGGUUGAUGCAGUCGGGAUGCUGAGCGCCUACUCUUUCGUCAGCAAGCACAAGACAGGCCAGCUGCUGGACCUCCACCGGCUCGUACAUCUGGCGACAAGGAACUGGCUACGGACGGAGGGGCGUCUUGGAGAGUGGGCGGGCAAAGCCGUAGAACGACUGGAGGAGGUGUUUCCGGACGACGACCACUCGAACAGGGCCGUGUGGAGGAUGUAUCUGCCGCACGUACGCUAUGCCUUAGGGUUAGGGUCAGGAUCAGGGUCGGAGGAGGUAGAAAGUGAGAAGACAAAGCUGCUCUGGAAGUUCGGGAAGUGCGCGCGCAGUGAUGGAAGGGAUGUGGAAGCGGAAAAGGCUUUUGAGCAGGUGGUGAAGAUUCGCAGGAGAGAGCUGGGCGCGGAACAUCCCGACACGCUGAGUAGCAUGAGGUAUCUUGGAUCGACAUACAGGAACCAAGGGCGAUGGAAGGAGGCUGAAGAACUGUUUGUUCAGGUGAUGGAGGCUAGCAAAGAAGUACUUGGGGAGGAGCAUCCGAAUACACUAGCUAUCAUGGCAAGCUUGGCGACGACGUACAACAAGCAAGGCCGGUGGAAAGAGGCAGAGAAGCUAAGGGUACAAGAUCUGGAGACGAGUAAGAGGGUGCUUGGGGAGGAGCAUCCUUCCACGCUGACCAGCAUGAAAAACCUGGCGUCGACGUACAGUGAUCAAGGCCGGUGGAAGGAGGCUGAAGAGCUGGAGGUGCACGUAUUGGAGAUAAGGAAGAGGGUGCUGGGCGCGGAGCACCCUUCCACGUUGCGGAGCAUGAACAACCUUGCCUACACUUGGAAGAGCCUAGGCCGACAUACAGAGGCUCUCAAAUUAAUGGAAGAAUGUGUAAAGCUCCGAAUUCGGAUCAUGGGCGUUGACCAUCCCCAUACUUUGUCUUCCUCUACAACGUUGAGUAGGUGGCAAAUCGAGAACUUGGAGAUUGGUGAUGCGAUUAGUUAG